UGGGACUUGGCAGUGCGAGUUAAGCCCUGAUCGAUUGCGGGCGCUCGGACUCAGUAUGGAAAAUCUCCUCGGGGUCCUGGGAUUUCUGCUGCUGGCUUCAGGACUGCCGCUCCAGGAGGCCAAGCGAUUCCGUGACGUGCUGGGCCACGAGCAGUCUCCAGGUCACGUGAGGGAGCAAAAUCAAUUACGUGGCUGGUCUUCUGAUGAAGCGGAGUGGAAUGAAAACCUGUACCCGGUGUGGAAGAGGGGAGAUGGCAGAUGGAAGAACUCCUGGGAAGGAGGCCGUGUGCAAGCAGUCCUAACCAGUGACUCCCCAGCUCUGGUGGGAUCCAAUGUCACGUUUGUGGUGAACCUGGUGUUCCCCAGAUGCCAGAAGGAAGAUGCCAAUGGCAACAUCGUUUAUGAGAAGAACUGCAGAAAUGAUUUGGGGUUCACUCCUGACCAAUACGUCUACAACUGGACAGCAGGCGCAGAGGGUGGUGACUGGGAAGGCGGCACCAGCCAGAGCCAGCACCUGGCGUUCCCCGACGGGAAGCCCUUCCCUCGCCCCCACGGAUGGAAGAAGUGGAGCUUCGUCUACGUCUUUCACACACUUGGUCAGUAUUUCCAAAAACUGGGUCGGUGUUCAGCACGGGUUUCUGUAAACACAGUCAAUAUGACACUUGGCCAUCAGGUCAUGGAAGUGACUGUCUUUCGAAGACACGGCCGGACAUACAUUCCCAUCGCGCAGGUGAAAGACGUGUAUGUGAUAACAGAUCAGAUCCCUGUAUUUGUGACCAUGUCCCAGAAGAACAACCGGAACUCGUCCGAGGGAACCUUCCUCAGAGACCUCCCCAUUGUGUUCGAUGUCCUCAUUCAUGAUCCCAGCCACUUCCUCAACGACUCUGCCAUUUCCUACAAGUGGAACUUUGGGGACAACACUGGCCUGUUUGUCUCCAACAAUCACAGUUUGAAUCACACGUAUGUGCUCAACGGAACCUUCAAUCUUAACCUCACAGUGCAAGCUGCAGUGUCUGGGCCAUGCCCUUCACCUUCACCUCCCACUUCACCAACUUCACCUCCAACUUCACCAUCUUCACCACCAACUUCACCAACUUCACCUCCAACUUCACCAUCUUCACCACCAACUUCAUCACCAACUUCACCUCCAACUUCACCAUCUUCACAACCAUCUUCAUCACCAACUUCACCUCCAACUUCACCAUCUUCACCAGCAACUUCACCAGCUUCACCCACACCGCCAACACCCAGCCCCUCUUUAAUGCUUACAGGUUACAACUCCAUGGAGCUGAGUGACAUUUCCAGCAAAAGCUGCCAGAUAAACAGAUACGGUUACUUCAGAGCCACCCUCACAAUCGUAGAGGGAAUCCUAGAAGUCAGCAUCAUCCAGAUAGCAGAUGUCCCAAUGCUCAUGCCACGGCCUGACAACUCCCUGAAGGACUUCAUUGUGACCUGCAAAGGGACCAUUCCCACGGAAGUUUGUACCAUCGUCUCUGACCCUACCUGCCAGGUGGCCCAGACCAGGGUCUGCAGCUCCGUGGCUCUGGACGAGCUGUGCCCGCUAUCCGUGAGAAGAGCCUUCAAUGGGUCUGGAACGUACUGUGUGAACAUCACUCUGGGUGAUGGCACAAGCCUGGCCCUCACCAGCGCCCUGAUCUCUAUCCCUGGCAAAGACCCAGUCUCCCCGCUGAGAAUGGCGAAUGGUGCCUUGAUCUCCAUCGGCUGCCUGGCCGUGUUUGUCACCAUGGUUACCAUCUUGCUAUACAAAAAACACAAGGCUUACAAACCUAUAGGAAACUGCCCUGGGAAGACGGUCAAAGGCAGAAGCCUGAGUGUUUUCCUCAGCCGUGCAAAAGCCCCAUUCUUCCGAGGAAACCAGGAGAAGGAUCCGCUGCUGCAGAGCAAGCCAGGAAUGCCCUAAGUCUUAAGCCUUAUUUCUGACCAGGAUCCUACUCCGGUGUGUUUACGUGAGCUGCGCAGAAGCACGUGACUGGUAACUCUCAUUUCUGAAGGAUUAUUGUGAAAUAUAUAUCAUGGCUUGGGGAGGCUAGUUCAAUGGCACGUUGGAGAAGAAGAAACGACCUCGUGUUUUAUCCCAUUUGUGUUGUGGCUUUUACACUGUUAGGAGGAUGGGCUUACUGUGUCUGAGGACCGAGGGAGACGUCGCCGCCCCUGAAGGCUCUGGGUUAACUGAGAGAGGAGAUCACCUGCUUCUAGCUUUCCACAUAACCACGUGCAUGAGCCAGCUAGUCCUGACCUGAAACCAGGUCCAUCUAACUGCAUUUCAGCGCACUGAGCAUGCCUGAGCUCCUGGCAGAACGAUAAUACAAGCCUUUUGUAUGGUGUAUGUGUGUACAUAUUACGCUCAUGAAAGAGACAGCCUAACAAGCUGCUGUGGUUAUUCUAUCAGGGAAAACUUUCCCUGUCUAGUUGACUGACACACUCAUCCAUUCAUCUAGCCAUGAGCAUUUAUUUAGUGCUUUCUGAAUACCGACCAUGAUGCUGGGACUUGGGCUUGCCCCCAGAGCUGAGGCUCUCCUGUGCACAUCUGGCUCUUGGUGUGUGCUGGUGUGUGCACGUAGAAUCAUGUGCUAUGGUUUUCUAAGGGAGGCCACUUCUUUUCCUACCAGUUAAUGUGUGAAAACUCAUACAGGAAAUAAUCAAGGCGCUCACUUCUGUUUGUAACUCAAGUCCUGUGCCAAUGACAUUCUCUUUUCUACUUCCUGGAAAAAUAAAAUGUGGGCUGCGAUGAGCCCUUGGUGGUGGUAUUAUUUCUAAUGUAUUGUUUGCUUUUCAGUUACAUUUAUGAUUUUAGUAAUAAAGUCUUUUAAUG